CGCCCACCGACGGCGAUGGCCACGGCGAGCCCCCCACUGCUACGCCGCCUCGCGCUACUACUUAACAGCCGCAUCCGCGCCAACCACCUUCUCGCCGCCUCCUACUCCUCGUCCUCCCACCAAACUGCCGCCGCCGCCGCCGCCACUACCGAGACGCCGACGCCGGCGGAGCCAGAGGCUGUCAGCAUGACGGAUAGUUGCGUCCGUAGACUGAAAGAGUUGCACGCUAAUGAACCAUCUGCUGAGGGUAACAUGUUGCGCUUGAGCGUUGAAGCUGGCGGGUGUUCUGGAUUCCAAUACACCUUCGUACUUGAUAACAAGAAAAAUGCAGAUGACAGAGUCUUCGAGAAGAAUGGCGUUAAGUUGGUUGUCGACAAUGUUUCAUACGACUUCGUGAAAGGUUCCACUGUGGAUUACGUAGAGGAAUUAAUACGGUCGGCUUUCGUGGUGUCAACCAAUCCGAGUGCGGUUGGAGGGUGCAGCUGCAAGAGUUCCUUCAUGGUUAAAUAAUUUCAGCACUAGUAACUUGAAGAGAGGUAGCAUGUGAGAGCUCUAUGUUGCAGACUAUAAUUAUAUUUGUUCAGUUGUCUACAAUACUUUGAUAGAUCCAAAUAAGUCCCUGCUAUUUCUUCUGUAUUUGUCGAAUCAUAUGUAUCAUACUGAUUUACUAGAAUAUAUUAGUUAUGUGGGGCAUCCUCAUCAUAGGCAUGGGCUGAGCCACCAGAUUCUUA